AUGUCGCGCCCGGCCCGAGAAAGUGGCGAAAGGUGCCCGCUUUGUCGCAGCCUUUUUGUUUGCAUAGCAGCGGCCAGUACAGCCAUUGGCCUUUGCUCCUUUGCUUCGCUUUUCACGCUGCACUAGUGCAGCGACAGGGCAGGCAGGCAGUGCUGCAGCGCGCCCCACCCAAGGUCACAGCUAGCCAACGGAGAAGUCACGGGCUCAACGGCCUCAAACGGACACCGGACCACCGAGUAGAGCAGCGACGGGCUCUGCGUAGUGCGCGAUCCGCGGCAUUGCUCGAGGCAGCGAGAGAGCAGAGCGCACGGGCGGAGGCGCAAUGGCAGGAGGAGGGUCGCCGCCGAGGCCGGGCAAUAUGCAGCGCGCGCUCCUCCUCGGGCUAGCGCUCUGCUCCCUCCUCGCGCGGCCGUCGCGCGCCUUCUUCUUCGGUGCGCGCGGCACGUACGUUUCCCAGUUGCGCGGCGGCUACCGCGAGGAGAAGGUGCCCAUGACCGUCGUCGUCCCUGACUACUCGCCGCGCCCGGCACCGAUCGCUGGUAGCGCCCCGGCGCCCGCGCCGGUGCCCGGCUCGGACGACGACGACGGCACGCCGAGGCUGCCGUCCGAGCGGUGGAGCCCGGGCGCACCGUCGAGCGGCAGUGCGGGCGCACCGUCGAGCGGCAGUGCGGGCGCUCGUGCGCCGUCCGAGGCGAGCACUGACUUCAUCAGCAGCAGCCCCGCGGUGCCGCUCCCCGCCGGCGUCACCGACUCGGCCACCGUCCUGCCCAUGCCCACCCCAGGACAACAAUGGCAGGACGACGUGGGGAUGGGCACCCUGCAGCUUCUAGUCAGGGCGGUGCAGCUCGCCGUUCCUCUCGUCAUGAUGCUGUCUUUUGGGGCUCUGUAGUACUAGUAUUUUUUCUUUCGUAAUC